GUGGCCGGUCCUAGCAGGCAGCUAUUGAUAACGGGCAAACCAGAAUACUUAGGCCAACUGCUAGCUUCACUUGCUGUUUCUCUGGGCCCUCUAGCUUCUGGUCUAGGGAAAGGCUACAGUUCGCCAGCCAUUGCUUCCCUGCUACAACGAGAUGCAAAGGCCUUUGAUCUAAAUGGCCAACAGGCUUCCUGGUUGGCCUCUUUGAGUCUCCUGGGGGCCCUCUUCGGAGCCCCCCUGGGGGGCGUAGCUGUCAAAUGGGGCAGGAAGCGAGCUCUCCUGAUGGCUGGAGCUCCAUUGUCACUAUGCUGGAUUCUGACCGGGUUUGCGUUCAGCGUCGAGAUAAUGUGCUUUGCAGCCUUCACUAGCGGGUUUCUCGUCGCCAUCGUCCAACUGGCUGCUCAAAUGUAUGUAAGUGAAAUUGCAGCUCCUUCCAUUAGAGGAGGGCUGAGCGCCCUGCUGAAAAUAUCAGGCCAUGCGGGCUCCCUAGUUGCGUUCGCUGCUGGGGCUUUUCUGGAUUGGCGGCAACUCGCAGGGCUGAUUUCCUUUGCUCCAGCUGCCAUGUGUCUGGCAAUGCUGCGGAUUCCUGAAAGUCCUGGCUGGCUGGUCCUUAAAGGCUAUGACUCGGAGGCUGAAAAGGCCUUGAGGUGGCUGCGAGGUGAUAGCGCGGACCUGCAGUUAGAACUUUCUAUCCUACAAACUCACAUCAUGAGCAAGCGCAUUUCCAGCAGUCCGAAGUUGCUCUUGCAAACGUUGAGAACCCCAGCUUUAAUCAGCUGCGGUUUGAUGUUCUUUCAGCGCUUCUCUGGGGCUCACGCCUUCCACUUCUAUGUAGUGAGUGUUUUUAAGGAGACCUUUGGCGGAACGAAUCCUCACACUGCUGCUGUUGCUGUCGCUGUUGUUCAGCUACUGUCCGCGCUUCUUUCGGGGCUGUUGGUCGACAGCGCCGGCAGGCUGCCCUUAUUGGUAGCCUCCAGCGUGCUUAUGUCUUUGGCUCUCGCUUCGUUCGGUUCUUUUGCCUACUACAAAGAAGCCAACCCCAAAUCGGUAACCAAUCUGGACUGGAUUCCAUUGCUCUGUGUCCUAGUUUUCACAGUCGCCUUCUCCUUAGGGAUAAGUCCAAUUUCCUGGCUGUUGGUCAGCGAAUUGUUUUCGCUCGAACAUCGCGGCUUGGGAACAGCUCUGGCUACCGGAUUCAGUUACUUGUGCGCCUUUGUAGGAGUGAAGACGUUUGUAGAUUUUCGUGAAUGGCUCGGUCUGUAUGGAGCCUUUUGGCUCUAUGCCUUUAUAUCAGUAUGCGGUCUCUGUUUCGUGGUUUGUUGCGUCCCAGAAACCAAAGGCCGAGAUCUGACCGAAAUUGACACGGUCAGCUGACCCAAUCCAAGGAGACAACUGCGCAAAGUAUCCGUUAACGUGGUUGAACGGUACUGCUAGGACAGUUGUUUCCAAACAUUUACAAUUUAUUAGCAUUGACAAUAAUAAAGGCAGUUGAUUCUGCGGUUGGAAAAAUUGUUCCAAACACACAGCUCAAAAAGGCCGAAUCAAUUAAUACGAUUUCCAUUGACAAUAAUGCGUUCAAUAAUGUUAGCUGAGUUGUAGCUAAGUUUUACUCCAUCGUUACUCUUGUAUUACUCCAACGGAGUUAACGGGCAACACUUUUCAUCGAACUUGAAACUAUGAGCGGUAGAGAUAAUUUUCAAAAUAGGAUGGUUCAAAAAUGUGCAAGUCCUUGCUUAUACAGAGUGAGGCGUAGAGGAAAAUUGUAUUUUCCUAUUUUUUCCAGUUUUUAACGAAAUCAAAACUUUCAAAAUCAAAAAUGACUUUAUCUGAAAACUAGUAGUUUCCUAGUUAAUAGUUUUGUGAUAGAAAUCCGAUAAAUUGGGCAAAAUUGGGGAGAACGUGAAAGUUUGAUCACUUCUGCGAUCAAACGCUAAGCAAGUGUCCUGACUUCUAGAAUAUGAUGGAAAUUUUGAAAUGCUUCCCAUGAAACAGGGUGAUUUUCUUUGAAUGUUUUGCAGAUGAAUCUCUGAAACUACAACGGAGACGAAACGAUGAAAAUUGGCCUCCACAAACAGUUUUGAGUAAUGGAUCUGCACAAUACUUUUACUCUCUUUCAGACAAUUUAUUCUGAUUUCCAUUUACACUUUCCCGGGCUUGAAGUUGCUUGACUGAAUUCAGCUGCCUACAAAAUGUUGUUUUUAGUUCAGUUCUUUGCCUGUUUGCACUGCCUUACAUCUAUUUUCACGUUUUAUGAAGAGAUAUAUACAAAAAUCUUAUCGAAUAUUGCCGAUAAGCAUCGUGACGCGACUAUAUCGCUUAUGAAAUUCAGCGUUUACUUCAGCUAGAUACAAAAUGCCUUUUCAAUUCUUUUCCAGAGAUGAAAAUCAAUAUCUUCAAUUUCAAUGAAAAGAAUUGAUUUUUACCUGUGGUGACUAAUGGAAAAUGCAUUUUGUCGCCACCUGAAGUAAAGACUGCUCUCCCUAAACGCCUCAACUUGCCUCAUAUUACUUUUAUUCAGUUGGCGACAAAACACAUUUUCAUUUUUUUUUUACCUCUCUCCGUAUAUAUUUUCAUCAUCACUUUAUCCCUAGCAAGCGAUAGAAAAGGCGUUUUCCCGAUUGCGCCUGUUUCCGAGCCGUCAACAGGGUGCCUUAAUUGCAAGAAAAGUUUUUCAAUCAAAAAUAUCUUUUAGAAAAAAGUUUCAAUUUAGAAUUUUUUAACACACUGUAUAUGCGCUCGGCUGCAAAAAACUAAUUUAAAUUCAGUUUUUCAGUAGAGAUACUGACUUUAUUCUCUGUUCAGCAAAAGAGAGGUGUGUAGGACUAAACCUUAUUAAUAUUAAUAAAACGACAAUCAUGUGCUUAAAAAUUGAGAAGGAUAAAUUAUAUUUAAUUCAUUUCGUUUAUCUGCAAUUAAUAAAAAUAUCGUUAUAUGCAAAUGAAUGUUUGAUAUUAAUAGGAAAUAUCCGUUUUUAAAUUGUAUUAAAAUUAAGUUGUUGUUGAUUGAACUAGUUUAUUUUGAAUUCGGAAAUUUGAGUGGUUUUGACUCAGAAAGCGAAUGUUUUCCAUCCCAUUUUUGCUCAUUUCUCUAACGUAAAAUGACCGAGAACAUUGUUACGUCAUUCUAGAGAGAACUAAAUUGCCUUUUUAGAAAGUGAACCAUCGAUAAGAAAAUGCUGUUUUUCGUUUUUAUUUUUCACAGUUUUCUUAAAAACGUCUUGUUGUCAAGAAGUUCUGGAUUCGCGUGUUAUUUUUUUGAGUUGCAAAAUCGACUCAAACAUGACGCUGAUUUUUCAG